UGGGGUUGUCCCUUGCAACAACCCUAUUUUCUUGCAAGGGAACUUAACAGAUGUGAUUAUUAUUCAAACAACAAAAGGCUAUUCAGACAGGGGAGAAGUGCCUGCUGCUUCUGCAAGGGAGGCCUGAAGAUCUGUGGGUGGAAGAUCCUCAUAUUUCCAUUGUAACUCUAAGAUCUCACUCCUUUCCAAUCAGUGCCUUAAGGGAACUUUGGGCAAGGCUAUGAAUUCACCUUGACAUUGUAGUUCUGCAACUCAUGCAUAAUUAAGUUUUGGGACUGAUUUGCUGCCAAUCAUGCCAUUUGCUACAAAAAAGAUCUUGGCUGGAUGUGAUGCCUCACACUUGUAAUCCCAGCACUUUGGGAGGCCAAGUUGGGCAGAUUGCUUGAGCCCAGGAGUUCGAGACCAGCCUGAGCAACACAGCGAAACCCUGUCUCUACAAAAAAUACAAAAAUUAUCCAGGCAUGGUGGUGCGUACCAGUAGUCCCAGCUACUUGGGAGGCUGAGGUGGGAGAAUUACCUGAGCCCAUGAGUUUUGAGGCUGCAGUGAGCUGAGAUCAUGCCACUGCAUUCCAGCCUGGGCAAUGGGAGUGAGAACUUGUGUUAAAAAAAGAAAAAAAAAAAAAAGGGAGAGAUCUUUAAAAGACUACCAUAGAAAUGCUCUAGUUAUCUGAUCAUGCCUUGACCUUAGAAUUGAAAGCCCUGAGCUUGUCAUUUUCUUUCUGUGAAGACACAAUGCUGUAAAAAGUAGCCAGUUGACUUCACUAUCCCUUUGCUCAUUAUCACCACCAUAAACGUGUGCAGCAUCCUUGGUUCUUUAAAUCUUGUCUUCAGUGGAUACUUCAUGCUGAGCAACCACAAAUAUUUACAUAUUGACAUGCCAUAUAUUGCCAGUAUCUCAUUUUCCACUGGCAAACAGGUCUUCACUGCAUUCAACCUCAAGUCAGAAACAGAUCUUUGAGGGUCUCUUUUCUGGGGCCAUUCCAGGUACCAAGUAUAAUACUGUACUGGUCAGAGUCUGGGUAGGAAACAGAGACCACUCUAAGUAUUUCAAACAGAAGAGAUUUAACACAGGAAUUUGUUACAGCAAUGUUUAAAGGACUGAAGGAGCAAAAGAGGGAAGGUAAGGUUACUCAAAAAAGUCACUUUAGGCCAGGUGUGGUGGCUCACACUUGUAAUCCCAGUGCUUUGGGAGGCCAAGUCAAGGGGGAUGGCUUGAGCACAGGAAUUUAAGACCAGCCUGGAUCACAACAGAGUGAGACCCCAUCUCUACAAAAAAUAAUUAUCUGGUCCCAGCUGAGGUGGGAGGAUUGCUUGAGCCCAGGAGUUCAAGGCUGCAAUGAGCUAUAAUUGUGCCACUGCACUCCGGCCUGGGCAACAGAGAAAGACACUGUCUUAAAAAAAAUAGACAACUGGCCGGGUGAGUUGGCUCAUGCCUGUAAUCCCAGCACUUUUGGAGACCAAGGCUGGCAGAUCAUUUGAGGUUGGGAGUUCAAGACCAGCUGGCCAACAUGGUGAAACCGUGUCUCUACUAAAAAUACAAAAAUUAGCCAGAUGUGGUGAUGGGCACCUGUGAUCCCAGCUACUAGGGAGGCUGAGGCAGGAGAAUCGCUUGAACCCGGGAGGCAGAGGUUGCAGUGAGCUGAGAUCGCGCCACUGUACUCCAGCCUGGAGAACAGAGCAAAGUCUCAAGAAAAAAAAAAAUCAGUCACUGUAACUAGGAAGUCGAUAGCACCCUUGACUGAGGAGCAGAAAUUACUCAGAGGACAGAACACUGUCCACUAAGGCUCCUGGUGUCACAGUCCAGCCGCUUGAGGAGGGUCCAGGAGCCUACACUUCUAGCGGUCUGUCACUGUCCCUGCAGCCACCACCACCUUUUUGUCACUGAUGUUGCUCUAGCCAGUGCUGCUGCUGCCACCCAAGACAUUGUCAGAAAUCUGAAGCAGAGUCACGUCUCCCUUCCCACCUUCCAUCUCCUGCCACUGCCCUCCACCAGCAGACCCUAACAGGCAGGCAGCUGGCAAGAAAGUGUCAGGAGUGUGAUUCCACGUGGCCUUGCUACAGUACAUAGCAGAGCAUGGAAAGAGGGCAGGGGGUGAGAGCAAAAGCUAAGAAAUGAGUGAACGAUGGCCAGGCAUGGUGGCUCACGCCUCUAAUUUCCAGCACUUUGGGAGGCCAAGGCGGGUGGAUCACCUGAGUUCAGGGGUUCGAAACCAGCCUGGCCAACAUAGUGAAACCCUGUAUCUACUAAAAAUACAAAAAGCAGCUGGGUAUGGUGGUGGGUGCCUGGAAUCCCAGCUACUUGGGAAGCUGAGGCAGGAGAAUCACUUGAACCUGGGAGGUGGAGGUUGCAGUGAGCCGAGAUUGCACCUCUGCACUCCAGCUUGGGUGAUAGAGUGAGACUUAGUCUCAAAAAAAAAAAAAAAAAAAACCCGGGUGUGGUGGCUCACGCCUGUAAUCCCAGCACUUUGAGAGGCCAAGGCAGGCGGAUCACAAGGUCAGGAGAUCGAGACCAUCGUGGCUAACACGGUGAAACCCCAUCUCUACUAAAAAUACAAAAAAAAAAAAAAAAAAUGAACUGGGCAUGGUGGCGGGUGCCUGUAGUCCCAGCUACUCAGGAGGCUUAGGCGGGAGAAUGGCGUGAACCCUGGAGGCGGAGCUUUCUGUGAGCAGAGAUCACACCACUGCACUCCAGCCUGGGCGACAGAGCAAGACUGUCUCAGAAAAAAAAAAAAAGAGAAAAAGAAAAAAAAAAUGAGUGAAUGAGUGAGAAAACAGUUAAUGUUAAAUCUAUCCCAGAAGUUCCUGCUGCUGAUGUGAUUCACAUAUGAAGUUCCUGCUGCCAGGCUCGGCAUGGUGCUACAUGCUGGGACUGCACUGGUAAACGCAAAAAGCCCCCACUAUCCUUGAGCAAUCACAGGCUGAAGACAGACUGAAAAACAACCCUUCAUCUGGAGGCACCAUUACAUAUACCUGACAAAAGAUUUUUUACCUGGAAUAAACCAAAAACUCUAAAAAUAAAUUUUAAGGUGUAGACCACCCUAAUAAGUACAAAGGCAAAAAAAUGGAGGAGCCUUUUCCCAAAAGUGAAUAUUCCUGGGGCCAAUAAACAUGGAAAGGUGUUCAACUUUUUUUUUUUUUGAGAUGUUGUCUCGCUCUGUCGCCCAGGCUGGAGUGCAGUGGUGUGAUCCUGGCUCACUGCAAGCUCCACCUCCUAGGUUCACCAUUCUCCUGCCUCAGCCUCCCGAGUAGCUGGGACCACAGGCGCCCACUACCACGCCCGGCUAAUUUUUUGUAUUUUUAGUAGAGACAGGGUUUCACUGUGUCAGCCAGGAUGGUCUCCAUCUCCUGACCUCACGAUCCACCUGCCUCGGCCUCCCAAAGUGCUGGGAUUACAGGCGCGAGCCACUGUGCCCAGCCUGUUCAACUUCAUUAGUCAUGGAAAUGCAAAUUAAAACUACAAUAGGAUACCACUACAUACCUAUCAGAAUGACUACAGAUAAAAAGACUGGCAAUGCCUAGUAAUGAUGAGGAUGCGGGGCAACUGGAACUCUCCUGCUGGUGAGAGCAGAGACUGGAGCACACACUUUGGAGACCUGCUUAGCAGUAUCUAGAGCAUCUAAGCGUGUACUUACCCUUGACCUAGUUAUUCCAUCUUUAGUUAAACAACCAAGGAAAAUUAGCACCUCCAUCCACAAAAAGACAUGCACGAGAAUAUUCAUAAGAGCUGCAUUCAUAAAAGCCCAAACCCAGAAACAACUCAAAUGGAUAUGGAGAGAUAAAUGGAUGAAGUGGGUAAGAGAAUGGGUAAACUGGCAUAUUCAUAUAAUUGAAUACUAUGCAGUUGGAAAAAUGAAUGAGCUACUGCUACACACAACAACGCGGAUGAAGCUCAUAGACAAUGUUGAAUUAAAAUAGCCGGACACAAGAGUUCGUAUGAGUCCAUUUUUUUGAAGUUCAAGAGUAGAGAAAUGAAGCUAUGAAGGCAGAAGACAGAAGAGAACGUUGCGGGUAUGACUGGGGUGGGCACAGAGAGCCCUGCUGCUGUGCUGGGAAGGGCCUCUACUGAUUUGGGUGGUGUUUAGCCAGGUGUGUAUGUAUAUAAAAGCUCAUCAAUUGGUAAACAUAAGAUUUGUGCAGGCUGGGCACGGUGGCGCAUGCCUGUAAUCCCAGCACUUUGGGAGGCCGAGGCAGGCGGAUCACCUGAGGUUGGGAGUUUGAGACCAGCCUGACCAACAUGGAGAAACCCUGUCUCUACUAAAAAUACAAAAUUAGCUGGGUGUGGUGGUGCGCGCCUGUAAUCCCAGCUACUCGGGAGGCUGAGGCAGGAGAAUUGCUUGAACCUGGGAGGCAGAGGCUGCCGUGAACCAAGAUCACGCCCUUGCUCUCCAGCCUGGGCAACAAGAGCGAAACUCCGUCUCAAAAAAAAAAAAAAAAAAAAAAAAAAAAAAAAAAAAAUGUGUGCUUCGCAGAAUAUGUGUUGCUCCUGAAAAAAAUUAACAAAAAAGUACAAGGUAAUUUCAUAUAAAUAUGCAUGCUAAAAAGAAAUUAAAAGUGAAGUGAUGGGGGGAUUGAGGGGCUGACUUAUCAAGCUGAGGCUUGAAUGGAAGGGGUGGCCACAUAAUCACCACAGGGACUGCCUUCUGGGAGGAGAGGGGAACGUGCAAAGGCCCUGAGGCAGGAUCUGGGGGUUUGUUGGGGGAGCCUAGUCAUGGCCAGUGGACUGAAACAGAGCUCGUGGGUGGGAAGCUGAGCAGGGCCGAGGCAAGCCCUCAGCGCAGUGGGAAACCAUCAAGAUGUGAAGUAGGGGGUGCUGACAGAACUCUGAGGGCUCGGACGUGGGAAGUGAGGGAGAGACCUUUAAUGACUUCGUUGUGUGGCUAGAACAUCUGGGAAGGGGGGCUGGGUUACACUGAGUGAGGGAAGGGGCAGUGGAGUCAAGGUUUGCUUUGGACACUGUAAGUUGUAGCCACUCGUUAGAUGCCCUGUGGAGCUGUUGAGGAGCAGUGGGCAGUGGGGCUAAGUUCUGAGCCAGGCCCAGCCUGGAAAUGGAUGUCAUAAGUGCACAGGGGUCUAGGGAGGCAGAGAGCGAAAGAGGAGACAGGAGUGUUUUAGGAAAGACUAGAGCUGCCUGAAAGUUUGGAUCAAAACUGCGUUAAAAGUCCUUCUUCAACAAGCACUGAGCACCUACUCCGGGCCAGGCAUGGAGAACGGAGUCCAUCCUGCACUCAGUGCUGCCUGCUUCAGGCCAAAUUUCCCCAAGCCCAGGCCACAGGCACUAACAUGCAGAUUCCCUGGGCUACCCAAGCCCCACUGAAACAUAGUGGCCAGAGGCAGCUGCAUGUUUCAAGUUCCCUGGGUGAUUUUUUUGCACAAGAAAGCUUGAAAACCUUUCACUUUCAGUGGUCUAGGAGUAAGUGUGGGAGGUGUGUGUGUGUUGGGGGGUGGAGAAAGAGAGACAGCACAGGCAAUUUCCUCUUUCCCUCUCCAAGAGCUGGGCUGCUCCCAGGUUCAGGAAAGCAGGUCUGUGAGCUCUUGUGUGUGUGUGUUGGGGGGGGGGGGGAGCGGGGGGGUGGGGGGCUGCGGGCACGAUGUCCCAGGAGGACAGAGUUUGCAUUGAUGAAAACCCUUCCCAGCCCUUUGAUGCCUCUUUCUCAGUGCCCUGAAGUUAACCAGCGCAGUCCUCCGUGCGUCCCGCCUGCUGUUGUGCUCACUCCCGGCCAGGAUGGCAUCCUGUCUGGCCCUGCUGCUGCUGGUCUCCGGGGUUCUGGCCCCUGCGGUGCUCACAGAUGAUGUUCCACAGGAGCCCGUGCCCACGCUGUGGAACGAGCCGGCCGAGCUGCCGUCGGGAGAAGGCCCCGUGGAGAGCACCAGCCCCGGCCGGGAGCCCGUGGACACCGGUCCCCCAGCCCCCACCGUUGCGCCAGGACCCGAGGACAGCACCGCGCAGGAGCGGCUGGACCAGGACGGCGGGUCGCUGGGGCCCGGCGCCAUCGCGGCCAUCGUGAUCGCCGCCCUGCUGGCCACUUGCGUGGUGCUGGCGCUCGUGGUCGUCGCGCUGAGAAAGUUUUCCGCCUCCUGAAGCGAAUAAAGGGGCCGCGCCCGGCCGCGGCGCGACUCGGCUGCACUCCUCACGCGCCUGUAUGUCCGCGCGUGCGUGUCCGCGCGUGCAGGUGUGCCAGAGCGUGAGCGCGCGCAGGCGAGCGCUCAGGGCGGGGGUACGCGCGGGGCCGAGGGUGGGUGCCGUGCACGCGCGCUGGUCCGAAGGCGCGCCCAAAUUCCCCGCAGGGGCGCCGGGGCGUGCGUGAGCGCACAGCAUGUCCGAGCCCGCCUGCGUGUGGCGUGCACGUGGGCGCGCGCAGGGCCGCGCGGUUCGGCGUCCGCGUGCACCACGGCUGGAGUGCCGCAGGAGCGCGCCGCAUGUGCGUGCUCGGUGCGCGUGCGCCGGGGCCGCCAGGGCAUCGGAGCGGGUGUGUGGCCAGCGGUCUUAGCCCGGCCUGGGGCACCGUCACGGCCGGGGCCAGGCCACGGGCGGCCGCUUCUUCCUCCUUUGCCUGGGCCCGGGCCGAGGCGCUCGCCGCGCUCCCCGGGGCCUGCCCCCCAUCCCGCUCCGCUGGGGUUCGGAGCGCGUUCCGUGAGGAGGGAAGCGCGAGGGCAGGAGAGGCCGACGGAGACCCUGGGGCCCGCCGCUCCUUGAGGCCGGGCUGGGGGAGGGCGGGGGCCGUCGGUGCUCCCAGCCAGAGGCCGCGUUGUUUGGGGGACGUCUUGACUCUGAGUCCCGCAGCCAGGGCCCCAUCCGCGGGCUCAGACCAGCAGCCCCAGGGCCCCCGGGAACCCCUUUGCCCAAGGAACCUCAGGAGCAGGAUGAGUCGAGAGUCGACCCCGGACACUGCCCGCCCCUGCUUCCUACUCUCACCCCCAGGCCUGGCUGGGGGCCGGCAGCCCCCAUGCCCACGGUUCGUUUGUUCAGGGAGAGAAAACGGCUUUCCCAGCUCUACUCACCCCACUUCACCCUCAGAGCGUCAGGGAGGAGUGAGGGUGAGGAGCCUGGUCCAGGGUCCCCACCUCGGAAGCUUUUAGAGAUGUAAACUUUGAUCCUUUGAUCAUUUAACCUGCUCGGCACAGCAGGAAGUGAGAACUUGGUCCCUACCCCAGUCCACAGGGCCUUUGGAGGGAAGGGCUGGACAGUUUGGAGGCCAGCAGACCCCUCGGGGACAGCUUAAUGCGUCUGAAGGUUCCUGAGUGGGAAUGCUGCUGGAGGGCAAGCUGCUUCUCUUUUUUAAAAAUUCAUUUUCUCUAGCAGCUGUUUUGGCCCCUUUGGUGUCCCUGAGCUCCCCAUGGCACUGUUUCCUGCCGUGACUUUCUCUUCCUGGACACUCGAGCCCAGGUGGUGCCCGCGCACCUCUCACACACUGGGGGAUGGGGGUCAAGGCCUCAUCCAAGUCUGCUAUCAGCUUCCCACUCGACCGGUCUCCCCAAAAUACACUGUGAGUUAAAUGAUUCUGCUUAUAAAGGAGUGCUAUGAAACUGACCUGUUUUCCUAAUUGGUUAACUUACUUCAUCUCACAUAACCUCGAGUAACCAAAGCCUUCAUCGGAGCGGACGAUCCAACUCAACAUGCUGUUUCCCAGCCUCAAAAGGCACGGGGACCAGUGGCCACCCAACUCCUUCCCAACCCUCCCCUCCAGGGGAGGGGCCCCCUCUUUCCCUGCUCUGCAAGCACUCCCCCACCAACGGGUGCAUCACAGCCCCACUGGGACCAGGGGGCCUCCCUCUCCGGUGGAACCAGUGUCACACGCCUGUGCAUCCCUGUGAUUCUCAGAGGGUCUGAGGUCCGAGCACCCUGCUGUGGCCUGUGGGAAGACGCUACAAAAGGUCCCACCGGAUCUAAACCACAGGCCUGUUCUGGCGAGCAGGGAAACGGUGUCCUGGCAGAGUGUGGUCCUGGGCACACAGGACCCCUCAGCACAGAGGUGGAGCUGGGGUGAGGGGAGGGGGUGCAGCUCAGGGUAACUGAAGGUGUGAAGGGCCCAGGGCCUGUGUCUGGGCAGUGCAAGAAGUCCCAGCCCCACGCCUGUGCUGAGAUCCCCUGUAGGGUCCCCCACCAUAGACACUUAGGGGCCUCUGCGGUCUUCCAAAGCUGUGUCCUCACUUCCACUGCAGCAGAGGGGCGUCCCCAGCUCCGUCUAACAAACAGCCCCUUCUGUUUCUGGAGUCCUACAAGUGGAGGCCCAAAUCCGUUCCCACGCUGCGGCGAGGCCCUGGCUGUUCCUUCCUCUCUGGAAACCUCCUUGAACCCUUCUUUUGGGACAUGCCUCCUCCACCAGCCUGGAAGGGGUGCUCCUCUCUCACUGCCUGGAACCAAACACCCCCUUCCUUUGUGUACGAGGGCAAUAAAGAGUAGACCUUCAUCUUCUUUAUUUUA